UUUUUUUUUAAUCCUACACUGCUUGAAUCUGAUGAGGCAUCCCUGGAGCGCGCAGCGUAAUUGCAGGUGGAAAGGCUGGGAAGCAAGAAGCGAUAUAAGCAGGUGUCAAGCCGGGUUCGGGUUCAUGAUACGUUCCGUUUUUCUCCUGGAUUUCGGUUGUUUUUGUGUGUUUGUGUCCCCCCCGCCACCUUCGAUGAUCUACAAUGCAGACCUCAGCUUGGCUCGUCGGUCGUUGCGCUCUCAUCCUCUGCGCGCUCCUGCUGAUGGACGGGGCGAAAGGACAGAAGCAGUGUACUGAGACUGAUUACUACUUUGAGUACACGGAGUGUGACAGCACAGGAUCUCGGUGGAGAGUGGCCAUCCCACAGCACCCUGGGGCCUGUACUGGACUACCAGCGCCAGUGCGAGGCACAGAAUGCACCUUCUCGUGUAAGGCUGGAGAGUUCCUGGAGAUGUCAGCUCAGGAGUGCACUCAGUGUGCAGCAGGAAGCUACUCCCUCGGUAGCGGUAUCCGCUUCGACCAAUGGGAUUACAUGCCUAUUGGAUUUAGUAGCCUAGCAACCUCCCUGGAGAACAGCCUACCGGGUUAUAACAGCCUCACCUGUAACAGCUCUUCCUGGGUUCCUCAGGGAAACUAUCUGGAGUCCAACAGGGAUGAAUGCACAGUCUCUCUCAUCUAUGCUGUGCAUCUGAAGAAACAAGGCUCAGUUAGCUUUGACUACCAGUAUCCUGACAGUAACCUGCUAUUUGAGUUCUUUAUCCAGAAUGACCAGUGUCAAGAAAUGGAUCAGUCUGAUGACAAGAAGUGGCUCAAGCUCACCAAGCAUGGCGAAUGGGCAACUCAUACGGUGAACCUGAAAUCUGGCACCAACAUCCUUUACUGGAGGACUGGUGGUGUUACGAUGGGAAAAAAAGUGGUGAAUCCUGCACUGCUAAAAAAUAUUCAUAUUGAGGGUGUUGCUUACACAUCAGAGUGUUUUCCGUGUAAGCCGGGAUCUUUCAGUCGAGUCCCUGGCUCCUCCUCAUGUGAACCCUGUCCUCGGGACACCUAUUCUGGCCAUGGUGCCAGUUCCUGCACUCCCUGUAACACCAGCACUCAGUAUGCAGCUGAGGGAUCUGGCUCAUGUAAGGACAGACCUCCCUGUUCCAUGAAGGAUUAUUUCCAGAUCCACACAGCUUGUGACCAAGAGCGCAAGGUUGGGAGGUUGCAGGUAAUCACAUCCAGGCUGGAGCCGGAAGCUCUGAUAAUGAUUACCUCAUCCUCAACCUCCAUGUUCCUGGAUUCAAGCUUCCUACUUCAGUGUCGAGUCAUUCAGGGGAAGAAUUUGGUCGCAUUACAUUUGAAUUUGAAACUUCUUGCACAGCUGACUGUGAGCUCUACUUCAUGAUGGAUGUAAACAGGAAGAGUACAAAAAUAGUGGAGUCUUGGGAGAAAAACAAAACAAGGCAAACCUACACACACAUCAUGACAAAGAAUGCUUCAGUUUCCUACACAUGGGCCUUCCAGAGGACUAACCAAGCUUCAGAUGUACGACAGUAUGUCAAAGAUGUGGCGCGAAUCUACUCCAUCACUGUGAGUAACGCGGUGGACGGAGUGUCCUCUAGCUGUCGGGUUUGUGCCCUUGGUGCACAACCGUCCAGCUCUGCGUGUGUGCCGUGCCCACCUGGGCAUUACAUAGACGCAAGUACGAGCCAGUGCACAGAGUGUCCACCUAACACAUACCUGAUGCCUCACGCUGCACCAGGCCCUGAUGCCUGCAAAUCCUGUGGACCUUCCAGCAAAAGUGACAAGGAGCACAGCUUAUGCUAUAGUGACUGUCACUUCACCUACACAGAAGGCAAUGCCACUCUGACUUUUGACUUCAGCUCACUUGGGCCAGUGGGGUCACUGAUGAAUGGCCCAAGCUUUACCUCAAAAGGAACCAAGUACUUCCAUCACUUCAAUAUCAGUAUCUGUGGAGGAAAGGGUCAGUUGGCAGUAUGUACAGACAAUGUAACAGACCUAUCCAUCACUGACUCCCAGAGAGAAAAGGAAGGGCCCAAUGCCAUCACGACCUUCAUCUGUCAAUCAACAAUAAUCCCAGCUAGUGGACGAGGAUUCCACACAGCCCUCUCCUCGCAGUCCAUUAACCUGGCUGACACAUUUGUUGGGGCAACUGUGGAUAACAACCUUGAAGGAAUAAGUGUAACACCAGAUCUGUUUCCCAAGACCUCCAAGAAAGUUCCUGAUGUCAACUUUUACUACAGGUCUUUGGAGACAACUUCAUCUUGCGAGUCGGGUCGGAGCGUGGUGGUGACACUUCGCUGCAACCCAGACAAGAGCACUACGGGGGAGCUCUCAGUACCCAGUCAGUGUCCUGCUGGAACGUGUGAUGGUUGCACCUUUCAAUUCUUAUGGGAGAGCUCAGGGGCUUGUCCUACAUGCACAGAAAGAGACUACCAUCAGAUAGAGGGAGUCUGCAAGGGAGGAAAUCAGGACUUGCUGUAUGUGUGGAAUGAACCAAAGCUGUGCAUGGGUGGUGUGCCCUUGCCUGCUAAGAAAACACAGACCUGUGAGGGCAUUGAGUUCUGGAUCCAGCUUGGUGCAGGACUGGGAGCUUUCACUGCAGUGUUGCUCGUUUCCCUGACCUGCUAUUUCUGGAAGAAGAACAAACGGUUGGAGUAUAAGUACUCCCGGCUGGUGAUGUCUGCUAAUAAGGAAUGUGAAAUGCCAGUGGCUGACAGCUGUGCUGUGAUGGAGGGGGAGAAUGAGGCAGACAUGGAGGAUGAAGUUGUAUACACAAAACCUUCUCUACUUGGAAAACUCAAAGCCAUAGCAUCCAAGAGAAAUGGAGAUAACUAUGAAAAUGUGCAGCUAAAUUCGGCUCAUUCCAAAACAUUGGUGUGGAGCUAGAGUGGAAGAACCGUGAAGGGGGCUGAGGGGAGAAAUCAGACCUUCAAGAGACUUUUCCCACUUUGUGACCCCUAUCUAACUAUCCCCUUUAUAAGCUUUGAUACCUGGAACACCAACUGUUUGUAUGUGCACACACAUAUAGACACAACAUCAGAGCCAUGCUCAAACGAGUCACACUAACCUGGUGGCCUUAAAGCUUGGUACGAUGGAGCUGUCCAGUUAAAGACUGUGAAGCAGGUGUGUGGCUGACACUUCCUGAUAGCUGUCUGAUUCUAAUUUAUUUCAGGAAAAAAAUGAUAGAAGAGCUCAGGGUAAGACAGACUUAUUUAAGAUGUCCUGUUUUGCUAUUUUUCUCUCUUCAGUUUGCGUAUCGUCCAAUAUUUCGUUGAUACCUGUGGUAUAGUUCAUCUUCAGGAAAGCUAUGAUUUUCCUUUCCAUAUCCCACAGAUGUUUACACAGAUUGGUUUAUUCUUUUCAUGUACAAUCAUUAUCUUCUCACGUUUUUGUUGUUGUUGUUUUUUGGUUUUUUUUUUGAAAUUAUAUAAUGAAGAGAACUACUGAUCAGUUGAAAUUUGAAUUUGCCAUAUUCUGUUUGGGUUGUGGUGUGGACUGUCCAUGUACUUCAAAUAAAUCAUGAUGUAUUUAUGUAUAA